UACUUGCGCAAAUGAAAGUUUCGUUCAAUUAAUCUUCCCAAAAACAAACCAAUCUAUUAAAUAUUAGAUCUAGAUUUAAAUAUAAAUCUAUUUUAAUAAAGUAAACAGAAUUUUAAUUAUUGCCACUCAUUCUUUAAUGACAAGAAAUUCUACCAUUAUCUACAGCAGACUACAAACCAAUCAGGUCAACCUGAGCAUUCAGCCUACCUACAGUGUUGUAGAGGACUACAAACAGAACAACCUGAGCAUUCAGCCUACCUACAGUGUUGUAGAGGACUACAAACAGAACAACCUGAGCAUUCAGCCUACCUACAGUGUUGUAGAGGACUACAAACAGAACAACCUGAGCAUUCAGCCUACCUACAGUGUUGUAGAGGACUACAAACAGAACAACCUGAGCAUUCAGCCUACCUACAGUGUUGUAGAGGACUACAAACAGAACAACCUGAGCAUUCAGCCUACCUACAGUGUUGUAGAGGACUACAACUACAAACCAAUCAGGUCAACCUGAGCAUUCAGCCUACCUACAGUGUUGUAGAGGACUACAAACAGAACAACCUGAGCAUUCAGCCUACCUACAGUGUUGUAGAGGACUACAAACAGAACAACCUGAGCAUUCAGCCUACCUACAGUGUUGUAGAGGACUACAAACAGAACAACCUGAGCAUUCAGCCUACCUACAGUGUUGUAGAGGACUACAACUACAAACCAAUCAGAUCAACCUGAGCAUUCAGCCUACCUACAGUGUUGUAGAGGACUACAAACAGAACAACCUGAGCAUUCAGCCUACCUACAGUGUUGUAGAGGACUACAAACAGAACAACCUGAGCAUUCAGCCUACCUACAGUGUUGUAGAGGACUACAAACAGAACAACCUGAGCAUUCAGCCUACCUACAGUGUUGUAGAGGACUACAACUACAAACCAAUCAGGUCAACCUGAGCAUUCAGCCUACCUACAGUGUUGUAGAGGACUACAAACAGAACAACCUGAGCAUUCAGCCUACCUACAGUGUUGUAGAGGACUACAAACAGAACAACCUGAGCAUUCAGCCUACCUACAGUGUUGUAGAGGACUACAAACAGAACAACCUGAGCAUUCAGCCUACCUACAGUGUUGUAGAGGACUACAAACAGAACAACCUGAGCAUUCAGCCUACCUACAGUGUUGUAGAGGACUACAAACAGAACAACCUGAGCAUUCAGCCUACCUACAGUGUUGUAGAGGACUACAACUACAAACCAAUCAGGUCAACCUGAGCAUUCAGCCUACCUACAGUGUUGUAGAGGACUACAAACAGAUCAACCU